GCCUUCUAUGUGCAGAUGCCAACCUUUGUGACCACUUCCACUGGGCUUGUUGGGCCUGGUUGUGGUGGUUGCUCGAUACUCACUCCCACCUGCGGCGUCACCGCUGCCUCUGUUUCAACAGCCGGUAUCGGCUCAGGCUCUAGCAGUAUGACAGGCGUCCAUGGCGGUAGCAGUGGUGGCCUCAGCCUUGGUAUGGGUCUUUCAGGGAGCCAUACCGGUAUGCUGAUUUGUUCAUCACCAGGUGGAGGUAAUGUUGCCAACUCCACAGUGACUGUCACUGCCCCUGGCAUAGGAUCUCCUGUCUCU